AUGAUAGACAGGCAGCACCACUACAUGAGAGAGCUGCGCAUGAGAAGGAAGAGAAUGGAAGUUAUAAAGAAAGAAGGAACGGUUUUGAAAGGUGAGAAAGCCAGAGCUUUAGAAGAAGUCAAAAGCUUGAAACAAGAAAUCACGUCCCUUGCAUUCAGAUCAUCAAGACUGGCACUGUCCCUGCCAAGCUUUGCAAGAAGGAGAGUACCAAGCAGUUCCACAAGAGAUCACGUCCCUUGA